CACAUCCCCAUCUGACUAGCAGCCAUUCAUCAGGCUGGCCGGCCUAUCAAUGACAUUUCUCCCAUCAGGGCUCCUAUAAAAUGACGCUUUUUCCCAUGAAACAUCCGCAAACAUUUUGACGGCUCUGGCGUUGCCCUGUUGGAUUUACUGAGGAUCUCUCCCUCUCUCUCUCUUCUCCCCCCUUCCUUCUCUCUCUCUUUCUCUCCCCCCUCUCACCCCCUUUCUAACCUCCACCACCCCCCACACCAGCACACCUCCUUCUCCCUCUUUUCUUUCGCCGGCAUCUCUGAGCAAAAACAGGGGAACUCCACAAAACUUCAGGACUUUGGGGGCUCCUGCACUGUCCAUGGGAACAGCAUGCAUUGUGGGUUGCUGGAGGAACCUGACAUGGAUUCCACAGAGAGUUGGAUUGAAAGAUGUCUCAGUGAAAGUGAAAACAAACGUUAUUCCAGUCAUACAUCUCUGGGGAAUGUUUCUAAUGAUGAAAAUGAGGAGAAAGAGAAUAACAGAGCAUCCAAACCACAUUCCACUCCAGCUACUCUGCAAUGGCUGGAGGAGAACUACGAAAUCGCAGAAGGUGUCUGCAUUCCUCGAAGCGCCCUUUAUAUGCACUAUUUGGACUUCUGCGAGAAAAACGACACACAGCCAGUCAAUGCUGCCAGCUUUGGAAAGAUAAUAAGGCAGCAAUUUCCGCAGUUAACAACAAGAAGACUUGGAACCAGAGGCCAGUCAAAGUACCAUUACUAUGGGAUUGCAGUAAAAGAAAGCUCCCAGUAUUAUGACGUGAUGUAUUCUAAGAAAGGAGCAGCCUGGGUCAAUGAAACAGGAAAAAAAGAAGUCACCAAACAGACAGUGGCGUAUUCACCACGAUCCAAACUGGGGACGUUGCUGCCAGAGUUUCCAAAUGUCAAAGAUCUAAAUCUGCCAGCCAGCUUGCCAGAGGAAAAGGUGUCCACUUUUAUUAUGAUGUACAGAACACACUGUCAGAGGAUACUCGACACUGUAAUAAGAGCCAACUUUGACGAGGUUCAAAGUUUUCUUCUGCACUUUUGGCAAGGGAUGCCACCUCACAUGCUUCCUGUAUUGGGUUCUUCCACAGUAGUAAACAUUGUUGGAGUUUGCGAUUCAAUAUUGUACAAAGCUAUUUCCGGAGUCUUGAUGCCAACGGUGUUGCAGGCGUUACCUGAUAGCUUGACACAGGUGAUACGCAAGUUUGCCAAACAACUGGACGAGUGGCUAAAAGUAGCUCUUCAUGACUUGCCGGAAAACCUACGAAAUAUCAAGUUUGAACUAUCCAGAAGGUUUUCUCAAAUUCUUCGGAGACAGACAUCCUUAAAUCAUCUUUGUCAGGCCUCAAGAACCGUGAUCCACAGUGCGGACAUCACAUUCCAAAUGCUGGAAGACUGGAGGAAUGUGGACCUUAACAGCAUUACCAAACAAACGCUAUACACCAUGGAAGACUCGCGGGAGGAGCACAGGAAACUUAUAAUACAAUUAUAUCAAGAGUUUGAUCACCUUCUGGAAGAGCAGUCGCCCAUUGAAUCCUACGUGGAAUGGCUGGAUUCCAUGGUGGACAGAUGCGUCGUAAAGGUAGCUGCUAAGAGACAAGGCUCUUUGAAGAAAGUUGCUCAGCAAUUCCUCUUGAUGUGGUCCUGUUUUGGCACCAGGGUUAUUCGGGACAUGACGUUGCACAGUGCUCCCAGCUUCGGAUCUUUUCACCUUAUUCACCUGAUGUUUGAUGACUACGUAUUGUACCUGUUAGAAUCACUCCAUUGCCAGGAAAGAGCCAGUGAGCUCAUGAGGGCAAUGAAAGGAGAAGGAGGAACAGUGGAAGUACGAGAAGAGAUAAUACUGGCAGAACCAGUUCCUCCAAGUCCUUCCCCAGUGCCUUUCUCUCCAGCUAAAUCUGCCACCUCAGUGGACGUCCCAUCUGCACCCUCGCCUGUAAGCAACCAGUCUCCGGAGUAUGUUGGCAUAGCAACGACAACAGGGGCCAUGCAGUCUUAUACAUGGUCUCUCACAUACACUGUAACAACAGCUGCUGGGUCACCUGCUGAAAACUCUCAACAACUGCCUUGUAUGAGAAACCCUCAUGUGCCUCCUUCAUCCGUUACACACAGAAUACCUGUUUAUCCACACAGAGAAGAACACGGGUACACAGGGAGCUAUAACUACGGCAGCUAUGGAAACCAGCACCCCCACCCAAUGCAGAGCCAGUAUCCAUCCCUUCCUCACGACACCACUAUUUCCGCACCCCUCCAUUACUCUGCUUAUCACAGAAGCUCUUCGCAGUACCCCUUCAACAGCCCGUCGUCCCGGAUGGAGCCGUGCUUGAUGGGCAGCACCCCAAGACUGCAUCCAACCCCAGUGACUGCUCGCUGGCCAGAAGUGCCCUCCGCAAAUGCUUGCUACACAAGCCCACCCAUGCACUCCACGAGAUACGGAAAUUCCAGUGACAUCUACACGCCGUUGACCACACGGAGGAAUUCUGAAUAUGAGCACAUGCAACACUUUCCUGGCUUUGCCUAUAUCAAUGGGGAAGCCACCACAGGAUGGGCAAAAUGAAAAUGACUUGGUAAAUAGUAUCAGCCUUACAUAUUUAAUAAAGACAGACACACAAAAACUUUUCAAUGCCUGGCUUGUAGGUUAGCAGAACUCCUGCAUGGGCCUUUUUAAUGGCUAUGAAGAUUGAAAAGAUCCUGGACACAAAAGUAUAAGUAAAGUAGAAAGGUAAAGGACCCCCUGGAUUGUUAAGUCCAGUCAAAUUCAACUAUGAGGUGCGGCGCUCAUCUCCGCUUUCAGGCCGAGGAAGCCAGCAAUUGUCUACAGAGAGCUUUCCAGGUCAUGUGGCCAGCAUGACUAAACCGCUUCUGGUGCACGGAAACGCUGUUUACCUUCCCACCGCAGUGGUACCUAUUUAUCUACUCACGCUAGUAUGCUUUCUGUUAUGUACUAAGCUUGGAUCCUAGAACAAUAGGCAGGUAGGGGUUCCUGGUUCUGGCUCUUGUUCCGGGGCUGCUGGCUGUUCCGGGGCUGUUGGGUCGGGUGCCGCUGGUCCGCUCCGUCGUGGCUCUGGUUCCUGUGGCUGCUUGGCCUCGGGGGUCACCUCUGGACUUCCUAGUUCUGCCUCCCUUAACCGCUCCUCCUGCUCUAUAGGCCUCACCCCUCUGCUGUCCCCUUGGGAUUCCUCUGUCCAGCUCUCUUCGCAGUUUCCCCCCAGGAAUCGUCGCUGUAGUUGAUCGCAGUGGUGGCACCAGGCUUGCCCCCCACCGUCAUCGCCAGUGAAAUAUACUCUGAGUCCUGCAGUGAUUUCAUGCUCUUUAUUGCAGCUUGUAAAACAGUGAUUGAAUUUCCCCCAAAACCUCAGGCUUUUAUGUACAGUACAUUAUUUACACAAUGAGACCCAACUGAUUGGCUUACAGGAGAAGACCGAUCAGGCUCCAGGAGGAAGUUAAUCAGUGUAUUAGGCUGGUAGGAUCAUAGAAUGCAACAACUGAUUGGCCUGCAGGAGAAGACCAAUCAGGCUCCAGGAGAAAAGCAGAAUCAGCCAAUCAGACAGGACUCAUUGUGUAAAUAAUGUACAUAAAAGCCUGAGGUUUGGGGGGAAAUUCAAUCACUGUUUUACAAGCUGCAAUAAAGAGCGUGAAAUCACUGCAGGACUCUGAAUAUAUUUCACUUUCGAACUGCUAAGUUGGCAGGAGCUGGGACAAAGCAAUGGGUGCUCACACUAACGUGCAGAUUCGAACUGCCGAUCUUCCAAUCAGCAAGCCCGAGAGGCUCAGUGGUUUAGAUCACAGCACGACCUGCAUCACUCUAUGGAGUACAAAUGGGGUAGUAUGGUGGGUUACUCCAACCAAGCAAGAUUUUACUGCCGCUAUAAAGCAUGGUUAUUUUGGUGUUUUCUACAGGUGUCAUGCAGUUGGCCUAAAUUAGUUACAGCCUCACUAACCAUUGAAAGUUGCCGUAUCUGAACUGAGUUCCUGCUCCGUAAACAUAGCUGUUCCAGUUUGCUUGCUUCACAAGGGCCAAAGCUCCUCAGAGAACGCCAGAGGUGUAACGGACUUGAAAACGAUCCAAUCUAACUCUCAGAAAUAAAUAUACAAACUCCUCCGCUCAUUAACCCACAUCUGCCCCAAAUUACGAUAAAUCUUCCUCCCAUUUUCCUGCUCAUGAGCCCCAAUUUAUAGUUGCAGCUGUGUGGAGUCUGCAUUUCUAUAAUCGCACCACAGGAGUGCAGAAAUGGAUAUUGAGUGGAGAAAUAGGUAUCCUGGGAAAAAUUCAUUGAUUGUAAAAAGAAGUUUCUAACCCUUGAGAAAUGGGCAGGCCUGGGAGUGUUGGAGAAAUUACAGUGAGAUCUCAGAGGUGGGAGAAGUGGGUUUCCCAAGGCCAGAAAUGAACGCUUCAAUGCCUUGUACAUCACACUAGGAGUGUCAGCUGGGUAGUUGCAACCUGGCCUCAGCUAUUAAUUCACUAAGGUGCACAGUAGGCUUGACUGCAGCAAGCCCAUGCCUUAGUACUGAGUCAUUGCCAAUUUACCCUAAAGAGAGGUAGUUGAGGAAUUAAAUGCAGCAUAGGUGUGUGGGAGAGGGGUGUUUAUAUUCUGCUCCCACCCAUCGUUCCCCACCUACCCUGCAAAACACUUCCCUGUUGUUUUCCUUCCAGGGAGUGCUAAGGCUGGAAAUAAGCCCCAUUAGGAGAAAAACAUCUGUGGAGAAGUACAGGAUGUUGCACAGAUGAGGGAAAGGUGCAGCAUGUCCCUCCUGCCUAUGCUGUGCUUUAAGCCCCCUUUCUCGGCUUUGUGGGUGUUUGGCUGUGCCUGGUACUAGGCCACCCACUCUCUCUCCACCAGCCUAUCUCAGACAGCGGUGAUAUUAGCCUGCCUUUCCAAGCCUUGUAAGGACUACGGAUAAUAUAUGGAAAGUGUCUGAGCGCUUGAUGUACAAUAUAUACUUGCUAAAUAUUAGUAGCCUCAGAACAAAUUAUGCAAAUUGAGAAACUAUAUGCGAAUACAAUUAAUUUGCAUAAGGGACUCAGAUUGAACAGUGUUUUGUUUUCUUUGCACAGGUUUUGGUAUUGUUAUUGUUAUUAUUAUUAGUGCAGCAUACACACAGCCCUAAUUAUUGUGCCCCUCCAAGCAGAGUGCAAAUACAGAACGCAAGAUGUGUCCUACACGGGGGUCCUGGUAUGUUCAAAGAACGAAGCAAACCAAAUAGAGCCAAGCUGUGACAUGAAGGGGAAUGCAAGCCAUGCCCUGCACCGCUAGCCAAUGUGACCUGGUUCGUUCAAACACCUCAAAGCAGCUUUCUGAGCAGCAAGGAGAUAUCCCACUUAAGCACUCUUUGGCAGUCUUUUGAUUUAGUCGCAUCCUAAGUGCGCCAUGUUUUAGUCCACCAUUCUAAUCUUAUUCAUAAAUUUUACAUGGUCUUUAAGGAAAUGUGCUGGGGUGAGAAAUCUAGUCCAUAUUUUUAACUAAUGGCAGACGGAUCCAAAUUAUUGCCUCCAUUCUUUAACUUACCCAUAUAGCUCCUUAAAGAUGCUUGGUUGGGCUUCUUCUGUUGCCCUCGGUUUCCUCUUUGAGGCUUCUUAAAACGGCAUGUGGCAGUGCUCCAGUUUACAUGUAACUUUGCAUCCAUGACACAUCUUUCUAUUGAUCAAAUAAAUGUUGGUUUGCAAAGAGGAAGACAUAGAGUACUGGGUGAAUUGCUGACUUGUCGGCUGUGUUUCCGUGCUGCGUUAUCACCAUAAAGGUAAUGGGCCCAUAAUGACAAGGAAUGCCUUGCUACCUUGCGUGUGUCAAGAGCUCAUUGGUACCAACAUACCUUUCCCCCAGUUGGCAGUUCCACAAUUCUGGUGGGCAAGUAGCAUUGGCCAAGCGGCUCACUCCAAGGUGAGGUCCUUCCACACAUUCACAUCCUUGGGAAUAUCCCAGAGAUUGAGCUUCUCUAAGCCCCCCCCCCAAUCUCUAUUCCUGCCUUCCCUAGGAGUUGUCUGUGAGGUCUUGGGGAGCGCAAGAUGCUGGAACUUUGGAAGGGUCUCAUGGACUGAACAUCUUGGUCUAAAUGCACCCAGCAGGGUAGCAGCUGAGAAGAGGGAAAGCCUAUACAAGCUCCUUUGAGGCACACUUCUCUGUGUGGGGGGACAAGUAUUUUUGCAGCCAGCCUAAUGACACACAGGAAACCUCAUGAUCAGUAUUGUCAAACUGCACAAAUGUGUGAGAGUUGCAAUGCAACACAUACACACCUAAGCAAAUCCUCUACUUACCUACAGCUUAGAAUGAACUUCAUUCCCAGAUCUCUUGCCAGGACAAUUCCAUACACUUGUACAGAACUCAAAGUUGUGCCUUUGAACCUAUGCUGUGUUAUGUAUGUGUGUGCGGGAAAUUAUUGUAUUUUGGGGGGGUUUUCCCGUUGGUAUUUUUUGUCAGAUUCAUAGUUCUUUGUCAAUUUUUUUUGUUUGUUUUAGAAAAUUAUUAACAUAGGGGGUUUUUGCUUCUGUAUUAUAUAUAUAAAAAAGAAAAAGCAGCAAGCAAUUAUGGUGGACUUAUUACCCUAUGGGUAAGAUAUAAUUACAUGGAAAUACGACAUCAGGCAUUUUAAUAAUUGUUUUGUAAAUAAAAUAUUUGAUAGCAUUCAACAGUGGUGAUAACUGUGUUUAUGGUUAAAAUGGAAAUGUGUUAUUUGUUACCCAAGGUAUAUGAAGGAUUUUCACACUUAAAUAAUAAAAACAAUCCCCCCAAAAUGAAA